UGCACUAACAUGGUUUUCAUGGCUUUUAUACUUAACGCCCGCGGAAAACGAAAACGAACUACAACAUCUAUAGCAAGUCGAAAAGUUGUACGCUGCGCGUAAACGUGUGACCGAUUUGGAAAAAGAGUUGACCCAAAAUAAAUUAACUCAAGAAACCGACAUCGAAAUCAGUGAUCUGGACGCCCUAAUUCAACCGCUUUCUGGGGACAAUGGAUACCCUGUACUACGUUGGAUCGACUACUUUUAAAAUAUUAUGGAUAUAUAUGGCGUGCCGGAGAAAAAACGUUUUUAUAAAUUUUUGUUGACCGGAUCUGCAAGAGCAUUUAUGAACGAAGCAGCAGCUUUAAAUUGGCCGAGGCUGCGAGCAGAACUAAUAUCAGUUUUUGACUUUAAGCUUGCUGCAUUCGAUGUGUUCAAGCAGCUAGAGGCCAGGAAGAAAUUACCUGGAGAAAGUGCCCUGCAAUAUUUUUUGGCUAUGUGCGGCAUUGGGCGACAGGUGGAUCUGGCGCAAGAGGAUACCGUCCGAUUUAUCGUGGAAGGAUUGGGAGAUCAGUCUGGAAAGUCUUCUGCAAUGGCUUACUGCACUUCUUUGCAAGAGCUGCGUCAGAAAAUUAUGAUUUAUGACAAACUGAUGAAAAUGCCGGCGCAGGAGCAGACUAAAUUGGGGAAGCUCCAAGUACGUGCGUCCGUUCCUGAAGGCAUUCGUUUCUACAAUUGCCGGCAACUAGAACACAUGGCUAGAGAGUGCGGACGACCCAAGAGGCCGGAUGGGGCCUGUUUCAAGUGCUUUGGGCUAGACCAUACAUACCAGCAAUGCCCUAAGCGAGAGGCGUCAAAAAGGACGGCGCUGAUGGAACAUGAAGAGGAAUCUGGACCCGAGGACUUGACAGCGGUUCAACCAAUCGAAAUUUUGAGGAUUGCGCAUGGUAAGUUUGUGUUUUUUCGACAAAUAUCAAUUUUACCUUGAAAUAAUGUCAAAUUGAUACCAAAAUAUGUAAUUUUCUCUAAUUCUCUCUUUUCGAAUAUUUCUUGACAUCGAAAAAGAGGGGAUAGAGCAAUAUGGCGGAGUUAAUUACGUGAGUGGAAGCGAAAUAGACCUAUCCGGAAUUCGACUUGGCUUACUUUAAACAUGUUCUUUCGCUUGCACUAACAUGGUUUUCUCGGGUUUUGAACUUGACACCUGCGGAAAACGUUGUGCGAUAGACCAGCUUGUAAGGUGUCUGUCUCUAAUGCUAAAGGUCCCAGGUUCAAGUACGCCCCAAGGCAGAGUAUGCUUUAUGUGUUUAAGAAUAAUAUCUAAAAUGUCCUUAUAAUUGUUAUAAUAGCGCUGCAUUUAAAUGAUUUCAGAUUUCAAUCAAAAAUAUAAAAAUAAAUUUUU